UGUUAUAUCGAAGACAUGGUCAUUGUGAGGACGAUGUAUAAUACCAGGAUUGCGUGCGGCGUUAUGUUGCUGCUCGCAGCAGCGACUAGUACAGAUUCGACAAAAUGCUCCCGGAUCAUAGAAGGCACCACCAUGCCGCACUCGGAUGCUAAAGACAAAUAUCACUUUUACAUGACGUUGUUUAACAAGACCGACGUUGUGUACGCCUAUAUGCCGAACACACGAUAUAGCGUGGUUCUGCGAGCUGACAUUACCGAACAGAUGCAUCGAAAGUUCACAAGAUUCAUCAUAUCUGCUGAGGCUGAAAACGCAAAUGAAACGGCCGAUGUUGGCACUUUCGAUCUUCAAGAGGAUACAUUAACCAAAUUCGCGGAUAAUUGUGCAAACGCCGUCAUGGAAACAUCCAAAAUGGAGAAAGAAAAUAUAUCCGUUGCUUGGACCAGUCCUAUGGGAGGUAGCGGUUGCAUUCUUUUUAGAGCGACAGUGUUGGAGACGUCAGAUACAUGGUACAUGGACUCAAAUUUAAAUUUUCAAAUGUGUCAAGAUUUGAAAGCGGAAACUGAUGAUGAGGGCGACAUUCUUUAUCAAUGUUGUGCCUGCGACGAAGCAAAAUUUGAAGUUACCUUCGAAGGACUGUGGUCUAGAAACACACAUCCAAAAGAUUUCCCUAGUAAAGGCUGGACUAUAAGAUUUUCAGACGUAAUCGGCGCGUCACACACUGGGAGUUAUCGCUUCUGGCGUUACAACGAGAAGGCUAGCGAAGGUCUGCGAUCUGUCGCUGAGUUUGGUACAACACGAAAAUUGGAGUCCGAAUUAAAAAAUCAAAGUGAAAACAUCAGGACUAUAAUUAAGGCAAGAGGAAUCAGUUAUCCUAACGUAACUGGUAGAACUUUUGCUGUUUUUCGCGUUGAUAAUAAACAUCAUUUAAUGUCUUUGGUUUCUAUGAUUGUUCCCUCACCUGAUUGGUUCGUUGGAGUGUCCGGACUCGAGCUGUGCUUACCCAAUUGUUCUUGGAUAGAACACAAAGAACUGAACUUGUACCCAUAUGAUGCUGGUACUGAUGACGGUUUAACUUACUUGUCGCCCGAUACGCCAGUAGAGACACCAAAACCGAUCCAACGUAUCACAUCUAAAUAUCCAAAUGAUUCAAGAUCGCCUUUUUAUGAUCCGUCUGGUCUGGACAUGAAACCCCUCGCGAAGCUUUAUCUCAAUAGGCAAAGAUUGUACGAGAAGACCUGCGAUAGCAUCGGCGAUACGUUAACUGAUACAGGUGCUCAGGAUAAGAAAAACAAAGCCUGUAGGGUGUCAUCCUGGGGUGAAUGGAGUGAAUGUUCGGUUACCUGCGGCAGAGGCAUUCAGCUGACACGUCAUUUUCGCGACGAAGUUGCGGCGGAAGCGAACAAAUGCAACACCUCUCUCACUGAUCGGAAAAUCUGCUACAAUACGGAGAAGCCGAAUUGCAUCAAUAUCGGUUAUUACGACGAGCUGUUGAAGAGCGAAAAAUGCGAGCUAACUGCAUGGAGUUCGUGGAGUUCGUGUUCGUCGACCUGCGGCAAGGGCAGCAUGACCCGGUCUAGGAAUUUCCGGCAAAAGAAGUAUCGAAAGCAGUGCAAAGCCGUGCCGAAUGGACCGCGACUCGAGCAAUCAAUGGAUUGCAAGAAUAAGCCCUGCGAAGGCGAAGAUAUGGAGGAGGUAAGGCAACGACAGAACAAUGGUGGCGAGGACGAGGAUUAUACUGGUGAGCUAGCGGAUGGUACCAGAGAGGAAUGGCUGCAGAUCCGUCCACGGCGCCGGCACCCUCACAAAUGUCCAGAUGAACGAUACAGUCAAUGGUCUAUGUGGACGCCGUGCACUUCCAGCUGCGGCCCCGGCGUCAAGAUGAGGUCCAGAAUAUUAUUGCAUAAAGACACCUGGAACGGCGGAUCUGAGGAUGGUGACGAUGACGGUGACAGCCACGAGGAGUGCAAGAUGCAACAGGCAGACUGCUACUCCGAAAUUUCGAGCUGCGAUAUUACGAAGGAAGAAGCAAAAAAAAUCUGUAACGAACCCAAGAAGGAAGGAACUUGCCACAUGAACCCGCGAAUAUGGCGAGCUUAUUUCGACAAACAGACCGGCCGUUGUCACUUAUUUGGCUGGACUGGAUGCGACGGUAAUCGAAACAAUUUCCCGACCGUGCAGGAUUGCUAUGCUGUCUGUGGUAAUUUCCAAAGAGAAUUGAAGACGAAUCAGUCGACAAUCACGAAAAACUUGAAGGUAUCCCUUAGCAGCGUUCUCAGUUAUCACAUUCCCGUUCAGGAGCAACGCAGAACGAAAGCGAAGAGAGCGCAAUAUGGUGAUAAUUAAUUGCUUUAUGCACAAAUUAU